CGAGUUUUGCCGCUUCUGGCUUGCCGUAGAUAAAUGACGUCAUGGGUCAAAGUUGACAUCCUACCAAACAGAAACAACAUGGAGUCGGAGGAGAGAAGAAUUGUCUCUAAAGCGGCUAAAAAAGGUGGAAAACAGAAGAAAGCGCAAAACGUUGAAGAGGAAGCCAUAAGGAGAGAAGAGGUCAGAGAGAACCUCAGAGAGAGACUGGAGCUGGAAAAAAGAGCCCUGCAAGUAGUCGAGCGUCUUCUUGAGGACGUUGUUGCUGAGGACUUCUUGAUUGACUGUGCCAGGUUUAUCACCACCGUGAAUUACAAAGAUGCAGUGGAGGAAAGAUCUAUCACCAAGCUGUGUGGUUAUCCUUUAUGUCCAAAUAAACUGGGAAAGAUCCCAAGUCAAAAGUACAAAAUUUCUACCAAGCCCAAUAAGGUGUAUGACAUCACAGAGCGCAAGUGUUUUUGCAGUAACUUUUGCUAUAAAGCCUCCAAAGAAUUUGAGGUCCAGAUAUCAACGACACCACUUUGGCUCAGGGAGUAUGAGAGCCCCCCAGACAUACAGCUGAUGAAGAAAGGGGACAUCGGGAUUUCUGGUGAGGAGGUGAGGCUGACACAGAAGCGCCUCCAGGAGCAGGACGUUGAAGAUCCAGAGAAUGCUCAACCUGAGGACCCUCAGGAUCGUUUCUUCUCAGACCACAGCAGCGAUGGCGAGCUGGAGCAGGACUUCAUUUCCAGUGUGGUGUCCCAGCAGCAGAAAGCCAGUGUGCACUGGGGGGACUUGCCCAAACGUACAAAUGGAAACAAAGGAGAACGGGGUGUGGGUGCGGGGAGAAAUACAUUGAAAAGAGAGGAAGAUGGAGAAGUGCAACAGUGUCAUGGGUCUUCUGAAGAAUCUGCACAGCAAAUGCAGGAGGAAAUCCGUGUGGAGGACGUGACUGAAAAGCCGAACUCAUGCAGUCUGCACAUUGCAGCAUCCACCCAGGAAGGCCAUGCAACUCCUCCUAACUCUUCUACAAGCACUGCAUCGAGAGAAUUUAUGAAUACAGACUGCAAAGCUCUGCCCAGUUUCAACAUCAUCCAGGUGGGGAUGAGCAAGCGAGGGGCACAAGGGCUAAGAGAUCUGGUGAAGAACCACACCCAGCCACCAGCAGCCAAACUGAUUGGAUGGAAUCUCCUUGAAUCCCUGAGUUUGACAUUGAAGGAAUGGCUGACUGAUGAGACCCUGAAGUUCCUGCACCAGCUUGACUCUCCUCUAACCAGCGCAAAGGAAGAAGAGGAGAAACUAGAUGAAGAUGACCUUGUGGAGGGAGGUGGAGGAGAGGUUGUUGCAGAGGAGCUGAAGAGACCUACACUGCCGACUCCGGACUAUGAGACGCUUAAGAAGGAAACGCAGCAACUGGGGCUAAAAGUCAAAGAGUUCUAUAAGGGCUCAUGUAUUCCUCCUGAGAAUGGCCAUGAGGCGGACCAGAGGAGCAACACACGUCUUCCGCUUGUGGACUCCAGAGCUCAACAUCUCAUCCAAAGGCGAAUCACAGGGGAGAAGAUUGCUAGCUGUCUCAAGAACAUUGUGGGCCCCCUGAGUCUCACCUUGAGUGACAUCAGCACUGACCUCAACAACCUGGUCAGGACAUUCAGGUUGACCAACACCAACAUCAUCCAUAAAACUCCAGUGUGGACCCUCAUCGCUGUUGUGAUUCUGCAUCUCUUGUCCAGCGUGUCUGCGGUGGUUGGCGAGGCCUUGGAGACGCCGUGGUCAGUGCAGUAUUUCACCAGCCUGAUGGAGGAUCUGGGCCUUCAGCAGCAAGACCUGGUCCAGCUGCUCCACAUCUUCAAGCCCCAGGGCAGGGACUCUCCUAAACACUCUGCAAAGGAUGGGCCCUUGUAAUUGCUUCCACCAAAUAAAGGUUACAAAAGCUCCUCUUGGCAGCAAGUAAGUGCAGAGAUGGCCUUAAAACUUUUUUUAAUUGAUUAAAAAAUAUGUAUUUUUAUUUUUUGCGAUGUUUUAAUCAAAUGUUGACAA